AUGAUGUCAACUUCAAUCAUGGCACUGGCAUUGUCUGCCGUAACUGGACUGAUAUGCCUGACUUUUUCAAGUGGAAGUCAGUCAUGGCCAGAGCUCAAUCCGGAUCUUGAGCAGUACCAGGACUUUACAAAGUGCUUUCCGCUUCAAGGGAGUUGGUACACGAUCUACAGAAAUUAUGAGUCUGACCCAGUCUUUGGUGGAUCAGAGAAGUGCAUUAAAUACACAGAAAGCGGACCACCCGUAAAUGGCGCCUAUCCUCUUCGUUUCGAUUUUGGAAACCAGUCUGGUAUGGCAAGCACGAUACUUGAGUCGUCCCCUGGAUACACGGGCAAGAACAUGUUGAGCCUUACUCCUACAGGUGGAAGUACAUCGGUGGAGGUAUAUGGCGCAUAUGCGGAGUGUGAGCAGUGCUUCGUUCUUAGGAACACCUACAUCAGCAAUACAGCGUGUGCUUUACUUGUGCCCGAGUCUGUGUUGAACAAGAACACCACCUGCUGUGAUUUUAUUUUUGACCUUCUUUGCGGCACAAUGCAGAAGUACUACAUCUACGAUGCAAAUUGCUAG